GUCCCCUCCUUCAGAGUGUGAGGGGGACGGGCUCCCCAGUGGCUACGGAUCCAGGGACUCAAUCCUCAGACCUGGUGCAAAGAAGGACUGGAAGAGACGAAGGCGUGGGCAACUGAGGCGGAUUGACAGCUGCAGCAGCUGGGAUCCGGACCACACCAGCGCUGAGGCUGACAUAGAGAAGCAGCAGUCUGCGUUCGGACUGGGCGGAGGUGUAGCCAUGCGUUGCUCCACUCUGCUCGCCAUCCUCACGGGGGUGCUUCUCUACUUGGUGCUGGGAGCCGUGGUGUUUCGCGCCCUGGAGGCUCCGCUGGAACAGGGCAAGCACAGGCAGCUGCAGGACACCCGCCGGGAUUUCCUGCUCAACUUCUCCUGCGUGGAAACAGACAACCUGCAGGCCCUCAUAGAGGAGGUGGUGGAUGCCGUCGGCGUCGGCGUGGAUCCUACGGGCAACACUACCUUUGUCAGCAAAUGGGAUCUGGCCAGUGCCUUCUUUUUCUCAGGGACCAUCAUCACAACCAUCGGUUUUGGAAACAUCUCCCCUAAGACAGAAGGAGGGCAGCUGUUCUGCAUUUUUUACGCCCUGGUGGGAAUCCCAAUGUUUGGCAUCCUGCUCGCCGGAGUCGGAGACCAUCUGGGUACCGGGCUGAGGAAAGCCGUUGCCAAAAUAGAGACUCUCUUCCUGAAAUGGCGGGUCAGCCCCACCAUCGUGCGCGUGAUCUCAGCUGUCCUGUCCAUCUUGCUUGGCUGCCUGCUCUUCGUCGCCGUGCCGAUCCUGGUUUUUCAAGAGGUGGAGCAGUGGAGCCUUCUGGAGUCGGCCUACUUUGUGGUGAUCACCUUGACCACGGUGGGGUUUGGGGACUACGUUGCAGGGGAUUCUGGCUACGCAGGGAGCGACCACUGGUACAAGCCUUUGGUGUGGUUCUGGAUCCUGCUGGGUCUUGCAUACUUUGCAUCCAUCCUGACUAUGAUUGGUAACUGGCUCCGGGUUCUGUCUAAGAAGACCAGAGCUGAGAUGGAGGAGCUGCGAGCCCACGCCAGGAACAUUCAGAACAUGUCGGUGGACUUUCGCAUUCCAGGAAAAAUCGACGACCCCUUCAAACGACGCCGGCGAAAGCGCCGCCACGGCCCUCACAGCCACAGUCACAGCGCGUCUGCUAACGGGGCGCCUGAAGGGAAAGAAGAGCAGCAAGAGAGUCACACGGAAUCAGGAUCUUACUCCUCUUCCUCCUCCUCCUCCAACGAGUCAGGUUCCGGAUCAGAAACAGACUCUCAGGCCACUCAGACGGAGCGAGUGCCUGAAGAAAAACCCGCAGAGCCUGAAAAGGAGGAGGCUCCUCCAGACCCCCACCUGUCCCAGCCUCUGGACUACUUUGGAGAAAAUCUUGCGUUUAUCGACGAGUCCUCAGACGCUCAGAGCGGGAAAGUACAUUUGGAUCCCCUGCUGCAUCCGACGCAACCCAAACCUCGUCCACCGAGGAGGAGACGCCACAGAAGGCCUGUUCCGCAGAGAAGCCCCAAAAUCAACGGCUCCAACGGAAACAAGAAGCAGCCGAACGGAAACCCAAAGCCUGUUCUGGAUCUACCACUGAAGCCUUAACGUGGAAGCCGACCGCGCUGCUUACACAAGGAUCAGCUGGAGAGAUAUGAGGUGUUUGGAGUAUUGUUGACAGAGGAGCUCUCACUCUGGCAGCUUCUUUGUGUAUAUACACUGCUUACUCGCAGACACUGAAGAUGAAAUGCUGAAGCCUUAGCCACUUGUGGUUUGCAUUUAAUGCUCUUAGCAUGUGAGUUUGUAUGCCUCAAUCAAAGAUGAUGAAGUGAUUGUUCUGCCAAGUGUUUCCCUUUACUUUGUGAGGAGUUACUGCUCUCUACUGGGCCACGACUGAAUUGCACUACCACUCUGUCCAAACGAGUACACACGCUUUUUACUAAUCCAAACACUGCAGCCAAAACCCAUGUGGUCAGAAACUUGGAGGGCAUGUUGAGGAGAAGUUUCUCUGGUCUGAGACAGUCACUCCCGAAUCCUGCCAACAACUACACGGGUACUAAACAUGCUCUUUUUGGUAUGUAACAAAAGAUUUUUUUAAACCCUGUAUACCACCAUAAUAGUUGCAUUUUUGACGGCCAGGUGCAUUAAUCCUACUGCAUUGCAUAUAUGUAAUAAAGAUUUUUUAAAAUUAAAUC